CCGUACCAUGACGCCUCCGAUGUCAUCGUCACCGGCUCUUUUGACAACUGGUCGAGUACGCGCCAUCUCACCAGAACCAACUCCGGCUCCUUCGAAGGCACCGUCCAGAUCCCCUGGGGCGAGAAAGUCCAGUACAAGUACAUCGUCGACGGACGCUGGACCACGACCGACGACCGCCCGACCGAGUUGGACAGCGUAGGCAACCUCAACAACGUCUUCCGCGCCCCAGUGCGCCCCGAG